GGCUGCUCGCCAUUCUGAAUCUCCGCCUCCAACGACCCCCAUAGCCGCCGCAAAUCGCGUCCAAGAUCGUGCGGUAACGUGUACCUGUCGCCCGCGUCCCAUACCGACCCGUUCCCCGUGCUGCCCUGAUGAGAGGACGCCUGUAGCGCCCGUCUGUCGUCACGCGGUGGAUCGAAUGCGCCCGCGUACCUAGCUCGCCAAUCUCCCUCACCGUCGCCCCCGUCACGUCCCUGUUUUGGCCGCCUGCAAAUCCCCCCCGGGUAGCCGCGCACCAUGGACUUCUCGUCGCCGCAGAACGGCAUGUACGAUCCCUCGAGCUUCAUUGACCCCAGCGCCAUCGCGAACAACCAGAUGAAUGGCACGCGAUCAUACCCAAUGUCGUCAAUACCCCAGAAGCGCGAUUCCACAGGCGCGACCCUCUCGCGCUCCCAGACGCCGUCGCAACAGGCUCAGUUCGGCUUCCAGCAAGGCUUCUCCCAUACGCCGUCCCCCACAAUGCAGAACCAGCACUUCAGACCCGGCCAGAUGCCGCCGCAAAGGAUGCAGACUGCCUCGCCCGCGCAAAAUCCCCACGCGCCGCAGAUGUCCCCCAUGGCCUUCGCGCAAGCCUCCCCAAUGGCCCAAGGAUUCGACCCCAAUGCGACCGGCCAGUUUCCAGUGCAAUCAGUCCAACUGUCCCAAAAUCUCCAGAGUCGGCAGCAGGAGGCGCAGAGACAGUAUGCCAUGCGGCUCCAGGCUCAGCAACAACAGCUGGGCAACUUGGCCGCGAGCAACAUGGCUGCACAACAGCGGCAUCAAGCUGGACAAAUGCCCGGCGCCGCUGGGCAACAACAUCCCGGCAUGCAGGCACACAUGAUGCAGGGACAGAUGCAGAACCAGCAGCAAAUGCAGGCGCAGGCCUUCAUCAACAACGUGAAAGCCCUGAUGGAUCAGAAUCGCCGGCCCUUCAAUCCCCGUCCGCAGGUCGCCGGCCGUGUGAUCAACCUGCAGAACCUGUACAUGGUCGUCAUGAUGAAGUUCAAGGGUUGUCGGUCCGUCACCCAAGGGAAUCUUUGGCCCCAGGUUGCACAUAUGAUGGGGAUAAAUCCCCAGCAAUUCCCCAGCGCACCCGAAGAGUUACGGAUAACGUAUGAACAUAAUCUUGGGCUCUACGAGACAGCUUAUCUACAGAAGCAGCAGAUGAAGGGUAUGAACGCGAUGCAAGCGCAGAUGGGACGAAUGGGCCAGCAGAUGUCACCUACGAGGAAUGCAGUGCCGGGCACACAGAACCCUACUGCAGCGCAACAGGAGUAUCUUCAACAACUGCAAAGGAAAGCUGCAAUGCAGCAGCAACAGCAGCAGCAACAACAGCAGCAGCAGCAACAGCAGCAGCAGCGACAGCAGCCGGAUCCGGCCAUGCAACAGCAGCAACAAUUUGAACCUUCUACGCAGCCGCAGCAGCAGUCGACGCCUGUGCAAAACAACGCCAUCCUUGCCAAUGUCAACGGCCGAAGUACCCCACAAACAGACGGAAACGCCCUGAAUCAGCAUCGGAAAAGCAUGAGUAGGACUCUCGAAGGGACACCAGCUCCGGGGCAGGAGUCUAGCAGGGCGACCAUGUCCCCUUCCAAGCCGGACGUGUCAGAUCAAAAGGAUGAUUCGGGAAAGAUCACUCAGUACGAGGAAAAGGACGGCUCAAUAUUUUACAAACCACUCACGUCCACUCUUAUCGACACUUGGGGUAGCCUCUCCUUUGGGAAGGAUUUGCGGAUCCUGAUUGAGGAGAAGGUGCAACUAAUGCCGAACGUGCCGGAAUUCAGGGAAAUAGGCAUAGUCGAUAUACGAGCGCUCACUAUGAGCCUCCGAUCCGGCCUGCUUGCGGAAACCAGGUUGGCUUUGGAUGUCCUUUCGAAGCUGACGCACGAACACAAUCUCCAGGUGGAGCUGGAACAGUGCGAGGACCUCGUUGAAGUAUUAGUGGAUUAUGCUGAGGAUCAGCUGGACAUCCUUGCCAACGACAACCCUGAAGUCACCGACAUCCUGGACCUCACGCAGUACGAGGACGUGCUCCACAACUGUCAAGCGGAGGUCAAUACUCUCCAGGAACUUGCGCAGUUCGGCACGAAAGAAUACGACCUAGAUCGUACUGCGGACCGAUUACUUGCAAUAACGACAAUAUUCCGGAACCUGUCAUUUCUGGAAAUUAACCACGCGCGCCUAUCCACUCCUCCAGUGCUAAAGUUCCUCUCAAACGCGAUACGGCUCGUUGGCACGCGGGUGCUCCUACUUCGAUCGCAUACCAAUACUCUCGACUUCAUGAAAGAUCUCGUCACCUUCUUCUCCAACACAAGCACCAAAAUUACGCUGCCUUCCCGAGAAGAUGCGUAUUCUAUUUUGCAUUUUCUCUGCGCGUUUGCGCCGUGCCCACGCCCCGGAAUACCGGUCAGAUUCACAUCAUACAAUCCCAAAAUCCACCGCUACCUUCCGUCAGCCGUGGACAGUCUCGCGAAACUGCUUGCCCGCGAUGACCCUAAUCGGACGUACUACAAACAGAUUUUCAUCAACGAAGCUUCAUCCGAUCCUCCUUACGAUCUCCUAACACGCGCGUUCGCGCUCGCCAUCGCCGUUGUUCCCGACCGCACUGAAGGUACAUUGUACGACAUAGCCGAGACCAGACCGAAAGACGUCCGGGUUUACGAGGCGCGCCUUGCGGAAGCAAGGAAACCAUAUCUCAUGCAAGGGAUGCUCGCUGCGGAUAUCCUCGCUAGCCUGGCCCCUGGCUCAGAAACCGGCAUCUGCCGUUCUUGGUUGGAGGCCGAGGAUGGAUGGGCAUGCAGUCUGCUCAAAUUCGCCAUGUCUCUCUGUUCUACCGAUGCUACUAUGCCACAUCCACCGCCCCAACAGAACCACCGCGGUCAGCGACCUCUGGAACAGGAUCGCGAAGGCUUUCAAGUAAUCGUACAUCGGGCUCUUUCGAUGCUAAAACGAUUGGGCGACAAGGCCAAGGGCGCAGAGCCGCUGGUGAAGAGUGUGCAACCGAAUGGGGUGAACCAUGACGAAGAGGACGACGACGAUAAUAUGGAGACGUUCGACUUUGGAGGCAGCACCUGGAAGGUCAAGGCGGAUAUUCUGCCAAAGAAGGAGACGGUGCUGGGGGCACUACUCAUGUCCACUCUGGAUCCUAGAUCGCUGAGGCAAUUCUGCGGGCUCGGAUAUCUGGCUGAGAGUUAAGCAUUGUUGUAUACCAAUUCAAGAGGAUCGGAGGGGUUCAGGCGCAUCGAAAGGCUUUCCGCGGCACGCUCGGUCAAUGCCUGCGCGAACAAAGCAUGGAAAAUGGGGCCUUGGAGCGACAAGGCAUGGUUUACGGUUUUCUGGAUGUACAUUCCAUUUCCACCUUUAUACCUGUGAAAUUAUGCAAUAGCUUCGGCGGUGUCUGAUUACGUUAUUCCUCCUUUGCCGAUUUGCAGCUUUAUUUCAUUACAGACCGCUAUCCAUGGAUAAGCACACUCCUCUGAACACAUGUGGCAGCGUCUUGUCUGGGGGGUGUCGAAGUCUCAAGGGCAGCAGUUGUAAAUAGCUCUAAACAUCAAGCUCUCAGAAAUCGCGUGGUCUGAAAAUUCGAAGACUCAC